AUGAUUGAGAUUACGGCGUCACAGGAUUUGUGGAUUUGGCAUGCCUUUUUUGGAGCGCCGGGGUCGAACAAUGAUCUCAAUGUAUUGAAUCAAUCUGAUUUGUAUCUUCAAGAGAUACUAGGAACGGCUCCAGAUAGUUCAUUUUCUGUGAAUGGACGAGAUUACAAACGCGGCUACCAUCUUACCGAUGGAAUCUAUAACAAGUGGGCGACCUUAGUUAAAGCGUACCCGUAUCUUACCGACCCAAAGGAAAAGAAAUUCAAGAGGUUACAAGAGGCAGCAAGAAAAGAUGUGGAGCGCACAUUCGGUGUGCUAAAAGAAAAAUGGAAGAUUCUCAUUCGACCUCUCCGGCCUAUGACCAAACACAAAAUUGGUCAAUAUGUUUAUGCGCUAUGUAUUUUGCAUAACAUGAUCAUAAAGCGCGACGGUAGGGCGAUAUCACCAGUUCAUAUCAUGGAUCCGCCGGUGGAAGGAGUUUAUAACGGUGAUGUAUACAAUGAGAUACAAGAUGAGGAUGUCCAUCACCGUCUUCGAUUCGACCUCACGGAGCAUGUCGCGGCUCAAGAUUUGCCAUAUCUUGAUGAGUAG